UUCUGGGAUUUUCACAUUCCAAGAACAAGGAAGACCUUCUUCUAAUCUUCUCUUCGCACCAGUGCAAUAUAAGCUGUUACGUAAACCCUAAACCCAGAGCUCACCAUCAGUUGAUUGUAUCAAAAAGUAGGUGAUCAACAAAUUAAGGAUGGAGUGCGUGGUCCAAGGAAUUAUAGAAACACAGCAUGUGGAAGCCCUUGAGAUUCUUCUUCAGGGUCUUUGUGGUGUUCGUAGAGAACCUUUGAAGGUCCAUGAGAUAUGCCUUAAAAGUGGCCCAAACUUAGGAGCUGUACCUUCUGAAGUCCGACUUAUUUGCAAUCUUGAACUAACUGAACCUACAUGGACUGUGAGAUUCGUGGGGGGUGCAAUGAGAGGUGCAGGUGCCGAGCAACUUUCAGUUCUAGUAAGAACUGUGAUUGAAAGCAAAGCAAGCAAAAAUGUGCUUCGCUUAUUUUAUGCCCUCGGCUACAAGUUGGAUCAUGAGUUACUGAGAGUCGGGUUUGCCUUCCAUUUCCAGAGAGGCACACAGAUGACUGUCACUGUGUCAUCAGUUAAUAAGAUGCCACAAUUACACAAUACAGAUGAAGCUGUCCCUGUAACUCCUGGGAUACAAUUGGUUGAAGUGACAGCCCCUGCGUCGUCUGAAACUUAUACUGAAGUUGCGUCAGCAGUGUCAUCCUUUUGCGAAUAUCUUGCACCGCUCCUGCAUUUGUCUAAACCGGGCAUUUCAACUGGGGUUGUUCCUACUGCUGCUGCCGCUGCUGCAUCUCUCAUGUCCGAUGGUGGGGGUACAAUGAUGACUUAAAGGUUUAACAAUAGUUGGUCAUAGAUACUGUCAAACUUGAUAACAAUGUACUACUAUAGUUUCUCAUUGCCAAAACUUUAGAAAGAUUUGCCGGUGGUAGUUACUAGUCACCUGCAGGGUCAGUAACAUAACUAUGUUUUUAAAUGUGUUUUGCCAAGUGUCUACGGCAUACUAGAAAGGACUUUAGCAUUUUCCAGUAUGCUGAAUCAUUUUUUGAAAAAGACGAGAACUCCAUUAGCUGGGAGCUUCCAUCACCAGUAUGCUGAAUCAUUGACAGGGAUAGGCAAAUAGUUUCUUUCGUUGUGCUUUUCAUUUCUAGGUGAAGAGUUAGUUCCUGGAACAGCAUCCCAGAGUUUCAAGGCCUAGAAUGAAGGAAAUAGACUUGUUUACGCAUUAUACACCUAAUGGAGUACUGAAUUGCCGCAGGUUAUGAGCAGUAAGGUCCUCAGUUUUCGUAUUUGAUGCGAUCAUUAUAGGUUAAACUUGUCUAAAUGUGAUUAGUACUCUACUUCAGCUGGAGACUAAUGUGAAAUCUGUCUUUAUUGUUAGUAGGCUCUUAUACUAAGUUACUAACCAUGCAUUAUUUAGGUAUAAACGUCUCUUUAUAGACAUGAUUGGCAUGA